CGUGCGCCCGCGGGUGCCGCUGCGCUCCGGUGCGGCCAUGGCGGAGCCGGUGGCGCCGCCGCAGAAGCGGUUCUACCGGCAGCGCGCGCACUCGAACCCGCUGGCGGAUCACACCCUGCGAUACCCCGCCCGCCCGCAGGACAUGGACUGGGCCGCGCUGUUCCCGGACUUCUUCCCGCCCGACGCCCCCCCGGGGCAGCCCCCGCCCCGCGUGGAGACCCUCGAUGUGGGCUGCGGCUACGGGGGGCUGCUGGUGGCGCUCUCGGGGCUGUUCCCGCAGGAGCUGGCGCUGGGGCUGGAGCUUCGUCCCCGCGUGGCCGCGUUCACGGCGCAGCGGAUCCGGGCGCUGCGGGCGGGGGCUCCCCCGCGCUGCCGGAACGUGGCGUGCGUGAGGGGCAACGCCAUGAAGCACCUGCCCCACUUCUUCCGCAGGGCGCAGCUCCGCCGCAUGUUCUUCCUGUUCCCUGACCCCCACUUCAAGCGCACGAAGCACAAGUGGAGAAUCAUCAGCCCUGCGCUGCUGGCUGAGUACGGCUACGUCCUGCGCCCAGGGGGGUUGGUGUACACGGUGACGGACGUGCCUGAGCUGCACCAGUGGAUGGUGACGCACUUCAGGGAGCACCCGCUGUUCGAGGAGGUGCCGCUGGGCCAGCUGGACUCGGACCCGCUGCUGUCGCUCCUGGGCACGGUGACCGAGGAGGGGUGCCGGGCGCAGCGGGGGGGGCGGGCCCCGCUCCCCGCCGUGUUCCGCCGCCUCCCGGACCCUCCCGGGGCCUGACCCACCCCGGGACCCCCCCGUUCGUAAUAAACCCGCUGUUGUCUCCCA